AGGACUCAAACUAGGCGAGGCAGUGGCAAAGAAGGGAUGUCCUUUAGUUUUGUUGAAUCAGCUUCAUAUUUGCACGUUGUCUUGGUCAGGCGGAAUGCAUGUGCUUCUUUGGAGUUUAGCACGGAAGCACAUACAACAAGGAUCGCUACUGUUUGGACAACAGCUUUGGUUUUCUGCACAUGUGUUUGAGUUUUGUUCUUUACACAGACCUGGAAGUGAAAGUAGUCUGUGUCACAACAAGCAGAAGGAUGUUGCUUAGGAAUAGAGUCGACAUGUAACAGCCAGUUCAAUCUUAUAGCACUCUGUUAAGGCGUAUAUCGCACCAGCCCCUGCGGACCCUGCCACAGUGCAGCUCUCAGUGAGAUGAGCUGCCAAAUCGCAUCGCCACCCCUACAGAGCAACUGGCAGCAUCGUCCACUGCCUGCAAUGGCGUUGUAGCGGCUGUAGUGUGUCCAAACCUUUCUGUAGUGGUAAAUCCAUACCGGACAAUUUACGAGCGUGGGAGAGAAAUGUUUUUAUCGGAAGCUUUUGCAACAACAGCAUCCAUCUUUCCAACGAGUUUAGCCUCUGGAUUACAGUUUGUUUGUAUCAAGCGUCAACCGAAUCCGGAGCCAUGAAUGUAUGAAUGGGCCUAAAUACGAUAACAUCAAGUGGAUCUGAUUAGGCUGCGCAGCGGUAUGUCAAAUUAGACUCCUCACUUCCAGAUUGUAAUGAGGCCACGGAGAUGCUGACACCCCCUCUGAAUCCAAAUACAUCAUCAUGCUGAAGACGGAGGCCUCGGGGGAGAGGACCUGCCUCCGGAGUGCCUCCCCCCACCGAAAUGCCUACCGAGCUGAGUUUCAAGCACUCAAAAAGGCCUUUGACCAGCCUCGGAUAGAGGGAAACUCCAAGCCCAAAGACCUGGAACGGGUGAAACAGCCAAGGGGCCGGCAGUAUGGCGGCCAUGUCAGUCGCAUUAAGGACAUGUUCAUGCAGAUGGGCUCAGAAAAUGUAACAGCCAAGGCUAGUGAUGAAACAUCACCUCAAAAGUUGGUCAAGCCCACCAACUUCAUCAACAAGGCCGAUGGAUCAGUCAUAAAACUCCAGCAUUCCUUAUCAGCUGACAAGAUUGGAGUUGCUGGAGCCAAGUUUUCAGAAACCAGGAGGCUGUUUGAGCAGCAGUCCCGGGACCAAUCCCAAUCCCCAGUCUUUCCAUACGGACGUGAUAAACGAGGUUCCCAUGAGCACCUGGAUGACUGGCGAGGUACAAGGUCUAAUCGUGGCAGCACAGACUCCUUGGACUCACUUUGCUCCAGAACAGAGGCGUCCUCACCAACUGUCAGUCAACUGAGUGCUGUUUUUGAAAAUGCUGACCACCACAACCAAGGUUCGCAUCACAAAGGAGUCAGCAGACGGGCCCUCUACUCUCCAGACAAUUUCCACCGCCUUGGAGGGGAUUUCAGUGAAGAUGAUUCAAGACAAUCUCCGGUUCGUGGAAGCUACCGGAGCCGGACAGGGGGAAAGUUUCCUUCAUCCCUUUCCGCUGACGACAUCCUGAGCCCCAGUCCUGCAACAGAGACGUCGGUGCUGAAACCAGAACCACGUGAGGAAGAAGUCCAGCACAAAGCAGACAAGUCUGAGACUACAAACAGAGGUAGACCGCGUCUUUCAGGGGUCACCACCAAUGGAAGCCAGGUCAAUGGUUCAUGCGAUGAAGAGGAGACACCUUUAGAAAAAAGAAAAUAUACUGAUGACCUCGGGGAGUCAAACACUUCAAAACCUUCAGACAAUGCCGUAAUUACUGAAACAGCUUUUGAAGAUGCCUCCCCUGAGCCAUUGCCAACCCCAAAUACAGCUGCUGGGAAAAGCCAGGAGGACGGGGAUGGAGCAAGAGAAGAAAAGUCCUCUGAACCUCCCAAGGACCAGGUGGAAGAUCCCGAUGAGGAAUACCUUGGGAAUGAGCGGGUGAUUUUUAAUGCAGACGGGGAUGCCUGUUACCAGGGUUGGGGAGAAAGCUGCACGGAUCCUGAGGAUGACCUCUACGGAGACGAUGAGGAUAUUGUCUACGACCCGGGAUGUGAUCUGACGGAGAUUCCUGGUCUACCACACGAAAACAAAGACGACAUCCCUCAGAAGAGGAAGAUUUGUUUCAGCACUGCCCCCAUUACAGUUUUCAACACCUACUCCAACGAGGAUUAUGACCGUCGUAACGAGGAGGUGGAUCCUGUGGCGUCCUCCGCAGAGUACGAGCUGGAGAAGAGGGUGGAGAAACUGGAGCUCUUCCCUGUGGAGCUGGAGAAAGAUGAGGACGGUCUGGGGAUCAGCAUCAUCGGGAUGGGUGUCGGUGCUGACGCAGGCCUGGAGAAACUGGGUAUAUUCGUCAAGACCGUCAUCGAGGGCGGAGCUGCUGAGAGAGACAGCAAGAUCAAGGUGAAUGACCAGAUCGUGGAGGUGGAUGGGACCAGUCUGGUGGGCGUCACUCAGAGCUUCGCUGCCUCCGUCCUCAGGAACACAUCCGGAGUGGUCAGGUUUGUGAUUGGCCGAGAGCGUCCGGGUCAGCAGAGUGAGGUGGCCACGCUCAUCCAGCAGACCCUGGAGCAGGAGAGGAGACAGAGAGAGCUUCUGGAGCAGCAGUACGCUCAGUAUGAUGCUGACGAUGACGAGCAGACAGGAGAGUACGCCACAGAUGAGGAGGAUGGGGGGGGGACGGUGGCAGGCGAGGACAAGAGCAUCGAGGUGUUUGACUUGCCAGAGUCGGAGGAAAUCUUGUCUCCCUCAGAGUUAGAUGCCACUAAACUCUACCAGAAGUUCAGAGAGCUCCAGAUCAAACAUACAGUGACCGAGGCCGAGAUCCAGAAGCUUAAGAACAAGUUAACGUCAGUGGAGAGGGAGAAGCAGCGCUGGGAGAAGGAGAAGAGCCAGCUGAAGGCCAGCAUCGAGGAGAACAAGGAGAGGAUGCUGAAGCUGGAGAGCUACUGGAUCGAAGCGCAGACCCUCUGCCACACCGUCAACGAACACCUGAAGGAGGCGCAGGCACAGUACCAAACUCUGGAGAAGAAGUACAACAAGGCCAAGAAACUCAUCAAAGACUUCCAGCAGAAAGAGGUGGAGUUUAUCCAGAAGGAGGAUGGGGAGAGGAGGAGGCUGGAGGAGGCUGAGAAAUCUCACCUGGCAGAGAUCCAGGGACUGCAAGUCAGGAUUGCAACAUUAGAGUCGGAGCUAAUGCAGCUGAUGAAGCAGAACGGCAUCCAGGUCAACAACAACAACAGCAACAGUGCUGAGAGGCUCAGCGCUCAGCAGAACAGCCCCAACAGAGCGGCAGCAGCCAGAGACCUGAGGGAGGGCUCUCCGUACUCCCCCAGCAAAAAGAAGAGCCUGAGAGUCCGAGACAGCAUCAGCUCCACAGAAGGAGAGGUCUCGGAGGGGCAUGGCAGUCCCGCCCACAGUCGAUCUGGUUCGAUUCGUAGUGUGGCUUCUUAUGAUGGAGGGGUCCUCAGGGCCCCUGGCAGCACAGAGAGCUCCCCCAGACGAACACUGCACCAUCCGUCCACUGCAGGUUCUCAGUCUCCUGCCAUGUCGCGCCCCUCGCACUGUGUGGAAGAAAACAGACAGGCAACAGAACCGGGCUCCACAGAGCCGUCAGCAGAGGACAGUACAGAAAACCUCACGGCUAAGAACUACCUUACAUGGCCCCACUUCUUCUCCUAUUCAUAUUAUUUGGGACCCGCUCUGAAUGAUGAUCUGAGCGCCGGCAGCAGCAGCAGCUCGGUGGAGAUCAGCGGCCUGCUGAGUGAAGCCAAGAUGUCAGGACGCUCACACACACUGAUGCUCUCCUCUGAUGAGAGUCUGGAUAUGAUAGAUGACGAGAUCCUGGACGAGGCACAGUUUUCGAAGCAGUAUCAGUGGCAGAACAGCAGCAUCACAGAGUGGACCUCCCAGCAGGUGGCCCGCUGGCUCAUGGGCCUCAACUUGGAACACCACAUCCCAGAAUUCACUGCCAAAAAUAUUGAUGGAGAGCAGCUGCUGCAGCUGGAGAGUCCUGAGCUUAAGGCCCUCGGAGUAACCUCUUCCCAGGACCGUGCCCUGAUCAAGAAAAAGAUCAAAGACCUUAAACUUAUGAUGGAGAAGGCCAAGAGGAACAGAGAGAAAGUGGAGAAGCAACGAGAGAAGCUACGGAAGAGAGAGCUGGAGGAGCAGCAGAAAGAGGAGCGCAAAGAAAGCGCGGCAGAGUGAAGUGAAUUGUUCCAUCACCUGCCGCGUUACUGUAGCACCACACCACGUAGCAUCUCGAGGAUCAGAACGUCAGUAGGCCCCACAAAUGAACCCUGAGGGACACCUGCUCAGUAGUUCAAUAGUUCUCAGUGGUUAAGCUACAAACCCAACUGUCGGAGAUUGUUGAGUAACUUUUUCACCAAGCAAAUCAAACCAAAAUGAGCAGUUGGAUAAAAAAUAUCCCCCCCGUUCAUUUGCCUCAUUUUACACCCAUCCUGCGUUUUUAGCCACUUAAGAUUUUACUCAUUUCUAUUUAUUUGCUUUUAAUUGCUGUAAAUUAGGUUUAUUUAUUCAGAGUAAGUCUGUGAAGUUAAUCUCAUCCUAUAUCAUCUUCAGAGCCGUCUACAUUACCUAUCACAGCACCCGUAUAUAUGUACAGUGAUAAAUACAGAUAUGUCUGAUGUGCCAUUUUGAUAGACUUAUGUAUAUCCUGUCGGUGAAAUCGCUCUUUUGAUUCGCCGAAGAACAUACAGGUCAGGCCUGUUGGGUGGAAAAUAUGAGGCAGUACUCGUGCCCCACCACUGGGUGUCCCCACACUGCUUACUUUCACCACUGAAGGAGGCAACACUGGAACUUUCCCACAGGAGCUGAAGCAAGUCUCACUGGGAGAAAUAAACCCUCUUGAUAAUUGCAAGAACACUGGAAGUGCAAACACUGUACAUUUAACCUCGGCACUGACUUGUCCAAUGCUUACAGUCUACAUGUACCAUAUAAAGCGGUUCACAAGGUAUGAUUGAUGAAAACUACAUAUUGAACUGGUUCUAAUGGAUACUUCAGGUACAAUGUAAUUAUGAAAUGUGUAACUUACCAAACCUGUACCAGAAAAACAAAAAAAUGUUGAAUGAAACUUCCUGCUUAUAUGCAUAAUGUGGCUUUGACAACGCUUGUAACCUGCUUUUGACCUCUUUUUAUAUUCUCUCUCAACAACAAAGUUAUACCCUGCCGCUGCCUUUAGAAAUUCUAGAGAAGUAGAAUUUUUCUGAACACUUCCCGCUUCUGUGUGAGUAUGGAAACACCUUCAGUAGACAUUUCUAACAUUUUUUUUCAUGAAAGUGUACAGUUCACCAUGCAACACACUUUGGAAUAUUCUGAAUAUUAUUAAGGAACGCUGCCAUAUAGACGAGUCGUCUCUGCGAUGCAGGACAGAUGCAGGAUGCACCUGAUACUACUGAUGUUACACUGGAAAUUGCAACGGAUAGAUGCAAUAUACUUUUAAUUUUCCUGUAAAACCGGUUCAAUAAGACUUUUGAUUUACCUGUUAGAUAAAAAAUAUAUAAAUCUUUUGAAAUUAUUUUGUAUUUUAUGCAAUUAUUGUUUUAGGGUUACGAGACAUGCUCCCUGUGUUACUUCUUUAGCAUUCCCAAGAAUCACUCCGUAGAUUUACAGUAAAUACAGAGACAUCAGAGUCACCGUGAUCCUAUCAAAGGCAGCUUUGGUUAUGAUUCCCUCUCCGUCUCAAGGGCCCUGCCUGGUGUGCUGUAAACCGGUUUAGAUGCAAUGCCACAGUAAAACAGGAAUCAUUGAUCUAUUAAUGCUAUUAUUUAUUUAUUUCUGUAUUUAAUGAACUGACUACUGUUUAUGAUGACUUAUAUGAAAAUAAGAGUACUAUUAACACCUAAUAAUGAUUUAUCCUUGAUUACUUCCUAUUGCCAAAAUAUAAGUGAACCUGCUCAUUAAAAAGUGAUUUUAGAAUAAAACUGUCGUUAUGAAAUGAAAGAUUAUAAGUUUGAAAGUGCAAAGAAAACGCAGAAAUGCUCCCUCAUCGUGCUCGUGGUUUUCCUCUAAUACAACCAUAGUGCUGCUCCAGUGCAACUCCAAUAAACUGCUCAUGUUGUAUUCUUAUGGAAUAUUUUGUAACACCUGAACCUUUUCUGUGAAUACCCCCCCCACCCGAAAACCUCCCCUGUCAGGUCAAUCCGCUGACUUCACUCUUUUGACUCUUUUGUAUGUAUAGUAAAACACUGAGAGCAAUACGCUGUACGAAUCCUAAAGCCUUGUUUUCUAUCGUGUCAGUUUUUUGUCUGAGGGCUGAGGAGGCUUAAAGGUUUACCCCCGAGGCCAUAAAGUGACUCCGGAUCUUUUCUAUGUGCUUGCCUGAGCUUGCCUAGGCAUGAUGAAACCAACGUAUGGAUGAGACCCUGGUGCUCCUGGCAGGCGUUUGAGUCAUGUCCUGAAGGGUUUUUCUUUCAUGUACGUAGAGAGCAAAAGAUAAUCACGACAAACUGCUAGCCAUUGCUUUGACUCUUAAAAAAAAAAGCUGUGCUUGUUCUCCUCUUUCUCCUCCUUUUUUGUCCUUACCUUGCUCUCAUUUUUCGCAUUCUGAAAAGUUUGAAAGGGCAGCUACCUGUCACACUGAAUAAAA